GGAGCUAGGGACGCUGCCAUCUCCCGAAACCGGGCUCUCCUUCCCCACCACCCCUUCCUCUGCUUCACUGUCCUGGCCCAGCGCACCCAUUUGCCAAGGCCUCGGCGAACCUGAGGGAGAAGCAUGGGCCUUGCGCCUAAGGUGAGCGGCCUGGCUCACACUGUCUCGCUCCCAUCGGCGCCAUGUCCUCUGGAGACAUCGAGAGUACAGGAGGUGGAAAGCUACACCGCCCACACCCAACGCCAUUUUGGAGACUCACGCCCCUUCUCUCUCAACUUCGAACAAUGUAGUAAGCUGGAAGAAGACAAGAUGGCGCCGAGCAGGAGGAGCGGAGAAAGGAAGGAUAAAUCUUACUGCGUAAACAAAGGCUCGAAAAAUGAAACUGCGCAGGCGUACAGCUUUGGCACGCUUUAAAAAUUCGAGCAGCAGGGAGGGAGCGUCCAAAAACGUGGUUUCCAGGCGAGACCUAUUUUACGUUAACGAAGUUCCCUGCCUCAAGAUUCUUCUCAGCAAAGGCCUGGGGCUGGGCAUUGUGGCUGGCUCACUUCUGGUAAAACUACCCCAAGUGUUUAAAAUACUGGGAGCCAAGAGUGCCGAAGGAUUGAGUCUUCAGUCGGUAAUGCUAGAGCUAGUGGCGUUGACUGGGACCAUGGUCUACAGCAUCACCAAUAACUUUCCCUUCAGCUCUUGGGGUGAAGCCCUGUUCCUGAUUCUCCAGACAAUCACCAUUGCCUUCUUGGUCCUGCACUACAGAGGACAGACUGUGAAAGGUGUUGCUUUCUUAGCGUGCUACGCCUUGGUCCUUCUGGUGCUGCUUUCACCACUGACGCCCCAGGCUGUAGUCACCCUGCUCCAGGCCUCCAACAUGCCUUCGGUGGUGGUGGGAAGGCUGCUCCAGGCAGUCACCAACUACCGCAAUGGGCACACGGGCCAGCUCUCAGCCAUCACAGUGUUUCUGCUCUUUGGAGGGUCCCUGGCCCGAAUCUUCACCUCCAUUCAGGAAACUGGAGACCCCCUCCUGGCUGGAACCUUUGUAGUCUCUUCUCUCUGCAACGGCCUCAUCGCUGCCCAGGUCCUCUUUUACUGGAAUGCCAAGGCUCCCCACAAGAAGAAAAAGCAGUAGAGUUGAAUGGGCUCCCUGAGUACAUUCCAUGUUUGCAUUCAUCCACCCAACCAUGGGGUCCUUCCCGUCUGGAUCAGUUUGCUGCUGUCUUUUAACCAUUCCCGGUCUUCUGCAAUUGCAACUUUGGCCCAGAUCCUUAGGAUGGGGUAGAAAUUUUCAGGCUGACAUUUGAACAUUGUGUGCUGUCCUGUGUAUAUGCUCUGGAGACAUUUAAACAUUUGGCUGAAAUUCUUCCUUUAGCAGAAGUUUCUAGCUAGUUAAUAUAUUCUGGGCAAAAGUCUUACCCUGUCUUCCCCAUUUCCCCACUUUCCUUCUGACCCUGAAGGACAGAGCCUGGACAGUGGAAGGGACCAGGUGCUUAUGGUUUCCUUCCUCCCCCAGCCUGGCUCCUGGACCCCAGUGCUUGGGGGUGGGGGGGUGGUAGAGGGAAGGGGACAGAAGAAUGACUCAGGCAGGGCCCCAGGGUGGGGUGAGGAGGUUCCUGCUCUGGCAGGUCCAGGCGGAAGGGAGUGGAGACUGCUGGUUCCUGCUGCAGUAAAGGGGAACAGAGAUGGAACAAUAAAAGACUCAGAGACAUGG